AUGAGACAGAACUCUGGAAACCCGCAAGGUAACCAAAACAACUUCAAGAAACAGAAGUACCGCCAUAAUAACAACAACUUCCACAACAACAAUAAUUUCCAAGGCAACAAUCGUCACAGAGGACGAAACUUUAAUGGUGGAGCUAAGAAAUUUACCCAGGGAAAUAACAGGGGAGCAAGGCAUUUCUACUGCAAGAGGUGUAAAAACGAUCACCCUGGUAAAGAUUGUGAUGGAAAUUUGGUUACCUGUCGUACUUGCAACAAGUUAGGACACAGGAAGUAUGAAUGUUUCUCCAAGGAUCCCAAUCAAAACAAACAGGGCAAUAAUCAAGGUGGGGCUCAGAGAAACUUCCAGGGAAGCAACAACUAUUCAAGAAAUAAGGGGGCGCAAUAG